UUUUGUAUUCAAAUUAAGUGUUACCUUUUUGUCUUAAUUUCAUCAAACCUUUAAAAAAUUUGCUGUUAACAAGUUAAUAAACAAAUACUACAAUCAAAAGUACAGAGUAAAAAUAAAUAUUAAGAAAAAAUAAAUGAAAUAUUUAAUAAAAUUAGUAUAGAAUUUGAGUAACUGAGUUAAUUUAUAAAAUGGUACAGGGAUGGAAAAUUAGGAUUGACUGACUUAUAAGAGAAUGAAUUGAAGUGUGAAAGAAAAUUAGUGUUGGUAGAGUGUAGGAAGAAAUAAGUGAAUGAAAUAAUAGUUAAAAAGUUAGAAGAAGUGAGAAGUUUGGAUGUAUGUUGAGAUUAGGUUUUAACGCGUGGGAAAUGAAACACGCAAACGUUGCUCGUUUCCUCUGCAGUUCGCAUUCACACACGCUCUUCUAAUCUCAUUUAUAUUCACGCUCUCCCCUUCAACCGUCCCCAAACGCACUCUUUCUCCUUCUCUCUCUUCCCAUUUCGUCAAAAACAUGAAUUCCGACACGCAACACGGAACGCCGUCGUAUUGGUGCUACAGCUGUACCCGCUUCGUUCAUCUCUCGUCGCAGGCCACCAUCGCCUGCCCCCACUGCCAGAGUGGCUUCGUCGAAGAGAUCCGCGCCGAAGCCUCGCCGCGCCACCGUCUCAGCCCUUUCCCCGACGACCAUCUUUCGCUCCGCCGACAGGGAUUCCGCCGCCGCCGUCGCGAUGCCGCUGGCAACCGCUCCCCCUUUAACCCCGUUAUCGUUCUUCGGGGAUCCGGCGAUGACACCGCCGCCGAACACGAAGGCGCCAGUACCUUUGAGCUCUUCUACGACGACGGUGACGGCACUGGCCUCCGUCCGCUCCCGCCCACCAUGUCGGAGUUCCUCCUCGGCUCAGGCUUCGACCGCCUACUCGAGCAGUUCGCGCAGAUCGAGAUGAACGGUUUCGGCCGCCCGGAGAACCCGCCGGCGUCCAAGGCGGCGAUCGAGUCCAUGCCGACGGUCGAGAUCAGUGAAGCACAGGUCGAGACCGAGGCGCACUGCGCUGUGUGCAAGGAGGCGUUUGAGCUCCACGCGGAGGCGCGUGAGUUACCCUGCAAGCAUAUUUACCACUCCGAUUGCAUCCUCCCGUGGCUCUCCAUGCGAAACUCGUGUCCGGUGUGCCGCCACGAGCUUCCUUCCGAUUUGGAAACUAGGGCUCCGAGUCAGAUCGACGAGGAGGCGAUAGGGUUGACUAUCUGGAGGCUUCCAGGAGGUGGAUUCGCCGUGGGUCGAUUUUCUGGCGGACGCAGGGCCGGAGAGAAUCAUUUCCCGGUGGUGUAUACGGAGAUGGAUGGGGGACUGAACACGAACGGAGCUCCGAGGAGGAUUUCUCGGUCGGUGAGAAGCAGUAGGGUUAGGGAGAGUCGAGGAUUUGGUAGGGUUGUUCGCAGCUUCUUUUCAUUCUUUGGAAGGAUCGGUUCUAGAAACUCUUCUUCGUCUUUGUCAUCUUCUGAACAUGCUUCCGUGAGUAGAAGCCGUAGUCGUGUGAGUUCAGUCUUCAGCAGAAGCUCACGGAGACAUAGCAGAACUUUUGUUUUGGAUGAUUAAUUGGUGAUGGCAAUUUUGCAAACAGUAGCAAUACUCUUUCAAUCGUUUUAACUUUGGGUCAUGAGAUUCAUACUGUACAUAGCAUGUAACUUGCAUCAAUAGAAGAAAGUCUAGUUUCCAA